UGCUCAUCAAUGACGUCGUUCAAUGCUCCCCACGAAAACCAUUCCCUCUCUCUUUUUCAAAUUUCUCGGUCUCGUAAUGGAGGAAGCGCUAAGCCCGAGGCAAAGGGCACCAGUGUUAAACCGUCUCCAGUCACCUACCAGUUCGUUCUUCUUAGGCUCCAACAACGACCAACUCGAACGUGCCCAGGCACGCGCCGCCGCACGUGCUGCCGCAGUCCGUCGCUGUCUCACCGUUGUGCCUCCCCCUGCUCCUCCUCCUCCUUCCGAUCCUUGCCUUAGCAAAGACCAGAUCAUCGAGUUGUUCCAAAACUGCAUUAAACUCGCUAGCGAAAAUAAAAUAAACCAGAAGAAUACUUGGGAAUUGAAGCUUAUCGAUCAUCUUAGCGAGAUCAUAAAAGUAGAAGCAGCUGAAGGUGAUUCAGAGACUAAUUUCCAAAAGGCAAGUUGCACAUUGGAAGCAGGGGUGAAAAUUUACUCUUUCAGGGUCGAUGCUGUGCAUGCUGAGGCGUAUAAGGUCCUUGGUGGUAUCCAUCGAGCUGGCCAAGAAGAUGAACAAGAGACUAUCGUGGUGGGUGACAACGUAAAUAACAGGGAGGAGAGCUGUUGUAACAAGAAAGAGUCUGAGAGGAAGAUCUCGCCAGUAUCAACACUGGAGUCUUCUUUUGAAGCUCUUAAUGCCAAAAAGUUUGAUGUUGCAUUCGCAGUGGAUCCUCUAUAUCACCAAACAUCUGCACAAUUUGAUGAAGGUGGAGCAAAAGGUCUUCUAUUAAAUAAUCUUGGUGUGUAUGAAGGUUGUAGGGUACUUUUUGAUUCUUUUGAAGUGCCUGGGAAGUGCCAAUCAGGUGCACUUCACAACAAUAACUUGGACAUUAUUGAUAUCUCAUUUGCCAGAGAAUCUGUUGAGAAGAUGGUCGUAAACAUGCUGGCAAAGAAUGAAAUUUGUCCAACCCUAAAAGUCAUUGUUUGUCAUUUUGAUGAAGAUAAUCAAAGGUCAUCUGAGACAUUUGAUGUAGGCCAAAAAUGUGAUAUCAGAGUAGACACAGCUAAUGCUUAUGAAGCUGAAUCGGAUGAUACCUUACUUGAGAAUUAUGAUGCAUGUAUCUUUGAUCAUGAUGAGGUGUCAAGUGGUGUUAAUGAGGGCUCCAAUUUUGAUCGUACCAUUCAUGACUGCCAUGAGGAGAAUGAUACUUAUGCUUCUUACGAACCUGAUCUCGGGGACAGAUUUGAGGAUAUUGGGAAGUUUUUGUUCCAAGGGCUGGGAUUUACUUCAAAACAGAAUGCAUGGGCGGGUCCUAAUCACUGGAAAUAUCAGAAUUGCAAAGGUUCAGAGGAUAUUCCUGCCACAAAUGCUGAAUCAAAAAGCAAAAACCUGAAAGAAGUUGAUGUUGAUUUCACAAAAAGCUUGGACAAAGAAAUGCCUGAUGUCUUUGCUCCCCCCAAAAGUCCAACGCUUUUGCUGCUACCUGCAAAUAGAGUACCAUGUAACAACACACUUCCAGAAGAUUGCCAUUACCAACCUGAAAGUCUUGUCAAGUUGUUUCUUCUACCUAAAAUUAUGUGUCUGGGCAAGAGAAGAAGAAAAUGUUCAGAUAAUAGUGCAUGUCAACAAAAUAAUGAUUUUGAUCAAGCACUGCCAUCAUGGGAUAAUGAGAGCUCACUUGGUGGUCAGUUCAAUGAUGGAUGUGUUUAUGAUGAUGUGGGAAACUUGGAUGACCUUGUCUCUCAGCCUCGCCAGGUAAAUCAAAUUGAAGUUCAGUGUGACAAAACUUCUAAACAAGUUGAUGUGCAUGCAUUAAAGGAGUCACUCUGGGAUCACAUGCAAGGAUCUCAUGAAGUAGCUGAAGUGAUUCUUUUAUUAUCAACAGGUGGACAAAGAUGCAUUGUCUUUCAAACAUGUGCUUGCUACAUUUUCCUUCAAUUGCCAAGCUGCAGCUUCAGAGGAUAUUUCACCCCAUUUGUGUUUCAUUUGUCUGUUGCAUUUAGCUAAUGAUCAUGGUUUAAGCAUCCAAGAUUGUCCCAGUUUAGAUGAUCUCAGUAUACAUCUUCCUGCUUCUUGGCAAAGCACAGAUUCUGUGGCAUAGGCUUCAUCAUGGCCUAGAGCCCAUCUUUAGGUACAUGAAUUUAUCAGGGGGUAGCAUGGUUCUCUUUAUACCAAGUUUUUUAGGCCUAUAUGCUAUAAAGCAAUGGAACUAGAACAGAAAGAAGAAAACGUAAGUAAAACAUUCUUGUAUCAUAUUGGUCACUGCAUGCUAUUGUGUCAUCUUAUGUGCCCGACUGUUUAUACAUAUUAUGCGAAUAUAAUCUUGAAUUAAAGUUACAAAACUCACUUUCUCCAAGUGAUCAGUAAGGAAUCCAUGGAAUCAGUCAAGUUAUUUUGUUUCAAAUAACAUUUUUAUCUGUUACAUGUAGAAGAUAGCUCUACCGUAUUGACAUUAUGCAGACUCUUGAAUUCGUCCAGGUACCGAAAUCUGACUCUUAUGAAUAGAAUGUGAUAGUUGUGUGUUGUUUAAGCAACCUUCUCAGUCAUCUUAUAUUGGAAAUGGCAUCUCUCGAAUUUUCUACGAUAUCUGUAUGUAGGAUGAUAUAGAUGGAUACUACUGAAUACAAAUUUGAGAAUACAACAUGUGACUAUUUACAGUAGGAUGAGGAUUGUUCAUUAUUUAGGUUCAAGGUCCAGGUUCAACCACUCAUUAGAAAGAUGCCAAAGCAAAUACUAUCAUUUUCUAGGAGAGAAUAUGGAAAACACACCUUAGCAAGUGCACAUGGAUUAGCUUUACAGUGUGAUCAUUUGCGGAAAGAGAUUAGCUGUAUCGGCCUUUGUUUAUCGAAAAAAAAAAAAAUCAGUAUUAGUUGGCUUUUAGAAUUGAGGAUAAGGAAUCUCUCUCUCCUUUUGUUGGCAAAAGUUGCUUCUUUUAAGAUUUGCCUGUUUAAGGUUUAUGAUCUGUCUAAAGACUUUAAAGUUAAUCCUACUUAUGUAUAGAAUGAGGCAGAGAAAUCCCAGUAUAGAUAACUUUAGGCUAAAAGAUUUUCAUAGGUUUCUUAGGGAAUGUUUGGCAGUUAAAGAUUAAUUGACCUUGAUCGUCCA